UCUUUACCCCAGACGUACAGAACACGCCUCUGACUCUCAGUUGAACUGUGUGGGGCCACAGCGACGGCAGAGCAAUUCUACAGAUUCUGAUCUAUCGUCAUCCAUCUCAGGUACUCAGAGACCAUCAUCAAUAUGUCUUAUGAAGAAAAGGGCCAGUCUGUCCUCUACGAGGACAGAACCACCUCCCCCAGUGACCGUUCCACUGAUGAGUUCACAUGGACUGAAGAGGAGGAGACAGCUGUGCGACGCAAGCUCGACAGAGUCAUCGUACCGCUGACGACCUUCCUCUACCUACUGUGUUUCCUCGAUCGCACAAAUAUCGGAAACGCGCGCAUCCAAGGCAUGGCAAGGGACCUUCAUCUUGUUGGCUACCGGUUCAACUGGGUGACUUCCAUCUUCUACAUCAUCUACAUGUUUGUGGAAGUCCCCAGCAACAUCUUGCUGAAGAAGAUCGGCCCGAAAUGGUACCUGCCGUUGCUUGUUGCCGGCUUCGGUUUCGUCUCGCUCUGCACUGCUUUCGUCAACAGCUUCGAAGGUCUCCUAGCUGCGCGCGCCAUACUCGGUGUCUUCGAGGGCGGUGUCAUGCCUGGUCUCGCAUUCUUCAUUACCUGCUUUUACAAGCGCAACGAGCUCUUGUUCCGCAUUGGUAUCUACGUUUCUGCUGCCAGUAUGGCUGGUGCUUUCGGUGGUCUGUUGGCCACAGGUCUGGCUCGCAUUCCUGAAUGGGGUAUCGCGUCCAUGAGGAUCCACGAGUGGCGUAACAUCUUCUUCUUCGAAGGCCUCUUCACGAUGAUUGUUGGUUUCGCUGCACCUUUCGUGAUGCCGACAGGUCCAAAGGAUUGCUAUUUCCUGAACGAACGCGAGCGCAGAAUUGCAUAUGAGCGUCUGAUCUCGAAGACUGGCGCUGGUGAGCACGAGAAGACCCGACCUCGCCACAUAAAGCGAGCGGUACUCAACAUCACCAACUACAUCUGCGCUCUGGGGUUCUUCUGUAUCAAUAUUACCGUCCAGGGUAUCUCUCUAUUCAUGCCCACCAUCCUCAGCGAUCUUGGCUGGACUGCCACCAAGGCCCAGCUCUACUCUGUUCCUCCCUAUGUAUGCGCCUGUUUUGUCGCCAUCGCCAUCGCUUUCAUCAGCGACAAGACCAACCGCCGCGGUAUCUACCUUGCCAUCUUCACGAUCCCCGCGAUUGCUGGAUUCGCCAUUCUGCGAUGGGCCACUGACCCCAACGUCCGUUAUGGAGGUAUCUUCUUGAUCACGAUCGGCGCGUUCCCCGGAGGUCCUGGUUUCCUCGCCUGGGCAACCAACAACGCCGGCAAUCCGUCUGUCCGCGCUGUCUCUACAGCAUACGUUGUCACGCUCGGCACAGCUGGUGGUAUCCUGUCGACAUGGACAUAUACCGCCAAGGAUGCGCCCAAGUAUCCGACCGGUCACACAAUCAACUUGGUCGGCCAGAUCUGCGUUUUGAUCCUGGCCGUUACUGGUAUCUUCUAUUCGAAGUGGGAGAAUAAGCAAAGAGACUUGGGCCGUCGUGAUCAUCGUCUCAACGGCUUGAACGAGGAGGAGAUUCGGGAUCUUGGCUAUCGUCACCCAGAGUUCCGCUACAUCCACUAAGAGACGGCGGCUUGUUGGGAAAGCAUGUGAGCCUGGAACGGCCACUUUAAUAGUUAAGAUUAUUUCAUUCAUUCAACUCAUGGAUUGAAUCAAAUUUGGCCAG